AUGUCUCUGCAGCCUUUGACCGCUAAUUUGCCCAGUAAUGUUCGUUCGAGGUUAGCUUGGUUUAAAGAAUUAGAACCAUUAAUUGGGCAAUUACUGAAAAAUCGCGUUCUGGAUACGUUAUGUCCUAAGAAGAACUGCAUGAGUUACGAAACCCCUCACAAAGAGGUUACAAAUUUUCUCACAAUGGUUCUCCGCGAAGUUAUGCCAUUCGAAAUUUGGCCACAAAAAAAACUUCGAAGAUAUAUUCGACUAUUGGUCCGCCAACCGCUGAGUGAAAAAUUCUCUUUACACGACGUAAUGACAUCAUUUAAGAAGUGCCGCUGGAUCGACGCUGUCUAUUCGAGAUCAGGAAGUAAAAAACAGUCUUGGACGAGAAUUGAUCUGUUGGAUAUUUGGCUCGUUCGUUUAUCAAAUCAUUCGUAUCCUCGUCAACAGACAGCGCUUUUCUUCUGGCAUGAUACUUGGUCUACGUUAGAAAACGGAUGGAUAGACCGUCAGUCUAGUUCUCAGUUUACGGAGAUUCGAAAUAAACGUUCACAAUGCAGAGGCAGAUUGAUCCCCAAAACUGGCGGCUUUCGCUUAAUAUCAAACUACGAAGAACCAACCUUAUACGCCUCCCUUUUAAAUGUCAAACAUAUUCUCGGAUCAUUUAACUCACAACGAAUAAACAAGAGCUCACUCAUCGACAAUAUAAACAACUUCAUAAGUUGUGUGGGAAAAAAUGAAGAAGCGUUCUAUAUCGUCAAGACAGACAUUAAAGCAUGCUUCGAUUCCAUCAAUCAUGAUGCUCUUAUGGAAUUAAUAUCAGAUAAACUCAAAGAGGAGUUUGUAACUCUGUUUAAAUUUAAUUUCUUGUCCAAGCAUCGCGACCGCGUUUAUAACAGCUUUGACAAGAAACGGCGAGAAGAUAUCUUAGAAACUCUUAGGAACCACUUGGUCGAGAACAUUGACAUUGGCGGUCGGCAACUGAGAGCUCCUACUGCAAGUAAUGACAAUAUGCAAUCUCCUGUCCUUUCAACAUCACCUGCAUCGCCUGCUUUGUCUCCAUCAGCACCCACAAUCACAUCAUCACCGACUUUCCAACCUCUGCCAGAAUUAUCUCCCCAACCAUCCAUUAUACCUUUGACAUAUGCAGCAAUAUCUGUGAACAUGAGCGAUACGCGUUUGGCAAUCUGUAGGUUGUUAAGUAUAGAUAAUCAACAGAUGCAUAUCACCAUCCGCAACCGCAGUUGUAUAAUCGAUGAUUUAUUAAAUUGGACUGGUAGUGUAAGAAUUGAGGAUAUGUUGUCGACACCGGUCAUUUCACUACAGAAUGAACAUGCUCUGGACAUUGGAGGGGUAUUGCGUGACAUUGUUGAAAGCUUUUGGGAGCAGAUUAAGGAGAGGAAAUUUCCAAUUAUUGGCUUACUUUUUACAAACAGUACACUUACCCAUAAGAUGCGUGCAGCAUUGGCACAAGAGACCGUAUUAACUGGCUUUUUGGGAUUUUAUGGAGGCGUUAGAGUGUAUUUCCGAACCCCUAUGGACAAAGACUCGCCACAAGAAAUAGCCAAUUUUAUUAGGUUGUCGGCAGUUAUAUUACCUCGGAGAUGCACAUUAGAGAAAUUUAAGGAGGGUUUUGAUGUUGACUUUGGGCAUGGCGCUAGAGAGAUCCAGGUAUUGCGAGAGCCAGGGUAUGUGCACUUGCGUGGCUACCUUUAUCAAGAGCUCGAAAACAAUGUCCGGCUCAUUGCGCAGUUUGACUGGACAGCUCGGGCUAUAGAAAAUGAAACGAUCCCUCUGUGGUUCCACGAAUAUCUUACCAAUGUGCAGACAAACAAUUGCGAAAGAAAAUAA